ACAAGGAAAUGUAUUUUUGUUUGAUUAUUUCUUUGUUCUGCUCUUUUUGUGCUAAGUUAAUUUUCAGAGAUAAUUUGCUGUUGCAUUCCAGGCACAAAAUUUUAAGAUGUAAAAAUAACUAGCUGAUCUUAUAAACUAUAUAAUUAGUCAUUUCAAAUUUAUACAUUUUAAAAGCGAGGGAUGUGUCCAGAGGGUAUUUAUGGAUUGGUACUGAGAUCGUAUCUGGCAAUACAGAAGAUCAGAUUAACGCUUUGAAUGUGAGUUUCGAUUUAAAUGGAGAGGAAUAAUUUGCAAUACUUAAAACAGGAUUUCCACAGGCUUUGCAUACUGAGGAAGAAACAUUUGCACAAAUAGGUAAAUGUGUCAACCACAUACCUAUCUUUCUGAUCAAUCACGUGUGCUGACCACAGACAAAAACCUUGUCAGUAUCAUAUUUCUGUCCAAAGACUGGAUCACUUCUAGCAUAGUAACAACUGCAGUGCAAACCGCAGAAAUUUACGAAACUGACAUUUGCUAACAAAUGUAAUUUUGGGACAGAUCAUGAAGCAGUUAACAUUAGGUAAGACUCUUUUCCAUUCUCUUCCUUCAUGUUUUUUAACUUUACGUGACUUUUUAACAAACUGCUGGUGACCAAUACAAAAUGAGAGCAGCCAAAAGUGCUUUUAGUUUCACUGAACCUUUAAUCCUUAAAUGGGGGCAGCUGUGGCUACCAAUCGUAAGGUUGGUAGAUCAAUUCUUCAUCUGCUCGCCCUGUGCAACCAUGUGUGUGAAUGAUAGAUAGAAUGAUAGACUGCAACAGAUUGGCAGCCUGUCCACCCCUAUGACAGCUUGGAAGAAAAUGGAUGACUGGAUUGUAAUUGUAAUCUGGACUAUACAUGAGUUAGGAAGAUAUGCAUAUUUCCUAAUAUCUGAUAAUUACCAUUUUCAAUAACAGGUAAAUAUUUAAGGCAGAAUUUAAAAGCUCUGCUGUAAAGGAUAUUGGAUUUUUAACAUAUGAAGAAAUAAAUGUUCUUACAUUAUUCUUAUGAAUGUCUUUACAGUCUUCGAAACACACCUAAUUCUACUUGCAGGGAUGUGUUCUCUACCUUUGUGUGCCUACCGGAUCAGUUACCUCUUGGUCCAAAGUCCAAAAAGUUGGUAUGAGGCACAGAGCUACUGCAGAGAGAAAUGCAUCGACCUGCUCACCUUCGACAGCAUGAAACAGAUAGAAACGAUCCUUAAUUUUGUUGAGGACAAAUACGAUGAUGCUGUGUGGUUUGGGCUUUGGAAAGGCCAAACUCAGAGAUGGCACUGGUCUAUGCCAAGUAAAGAUUUCUACAAUUAUUUGCCUUGGGGCUCCAAAACAAAUUACAACUGUGGUACAUAUAAAAAUGGGAGUUUGUCUUCAGACCCCUGUCAUUACACCAAAAAUUCAAUAUGCUUUGACGAAAACAAGAAAGGUGCUGAGCAGUACAUUCUCACUUCAGCAAGAAUGGGUUGGACUGAGGCUCAGGACUACUGCAGAACCAACCACACAGACCUGACCAGUGUGAGGAAUGAUGCAGAGCAUCAGACAAUUCAGAGUCUAGCUAAUGGCACGGACGUUUGGAUUGGACUCUUCAGAGACCCCUGGGAGUGGUCUGACCUUAGUAACUCCUCGCUGAGAUACUGGCCAGUAGAGCAGAAAAUUUGGAAUGAAGGAAGUGAGAACUGCGGUGCCUUGUUGAAGAAUGAAUCUGGUAAAUGGGGACAACUGCCAUGUUCUGAUAGAUACCCAUUCUUGUGUACCUGUGAGGUCAAAGAAACCACAGUCAAAGUGAUCAAAGUGAGAAUCAGCCUGCAAGACUCUGGGCUGGAUCUAAAUAACCCUACUGUACAAGACAACAUCCUGAAGCAACUGAUGGCUGCAACUGGGGCUAACAAUUUAACACUGAAGUGGAGAAAGCAACCCAGUGGAAAGGUUUUUGUCAAAGAGAUUCCCUAAAGCGGCAGAGAGUGCAACACCAGUUUGCUGAUUUAUUGAUUGGUUUGAUUUGAUGAUUUUGCCACACAUACAGCAGUAUGCUGAAUCCAAGUAACAACAGAGCCAGAGUAGAACCAUAAUAUACGAGUAUCAAACAAAUAAUCCAAUCUGACACUUUUCCCAGGGUUAAUAAGGCAACAAUCCUACUUAAUUUACAUAAGUCACACAGGUAUCCAGGUCUGCCAACUUCACAGACUAGUGGAAGGAUUUCUGUUUGGAACUCUGUAAAUAAAGAGCUCCUCUUCCUGAUAAGUUUGGAGUAACACACAGUUCAUUACUGCAGUUUUGCUUAAAUUGAAUGUAAAUUUGUAAUUUUGGCUUUCAUGAUAUUUCAGUGAUUCUUCUUUUGCUAGCUUACAAAUAAUUAUUAUUUAUGUAUUUAUAAUUUUCAGUUUAAUUAACAUCUUAUAGCUUUAUAAAUUGUUAUAUCGUUUAUCUUAUUUAUAUUAAAAAAGACACAUGCACCAUAAAGCUGAAAGUAAAACAUCCAAGACCUUUACAUGCAGUUGGUCUCCCUGCCAAAUCUAACCAUCUUCAUUUUCAGAGUUCCUAAAAGUCUCUGAUUAAUAAUAAGAAAAAAAUAUAAGAAGAAUAAGAAGAAACUCUAACUAUGUGAACUGAUGUGUAUAUUACAAUGUAAAAUCUUUAAAGGCCAUUGUCCGGAUUAUCUUUAUUACCUUAAAAAACAGAAUGUUUUUUGGUGUGUUUUCUUUUUAGGAACCGUAAAGACAACUGAAGUAUUUCUAUGUUUCCAUAAGACACAAUCAGUGGUUUUAUUUAUAGUAAAUAUGUAUAGAAUUCCUUCUCUAGCAAAAAUUUAAUUUGUUAGCAAAAGUCCUUUACAAUUAUUAUAACAUUAACAAAUUUUGCAACAACACAUUUACACCUAUUUACAGUUACGGUCACGAGUAAAUAUAUAAAAUCUGUACAAUCAGGAAGUCACAAGUAUCCAUUUGUAGUGAUAAAAAGUUUUAUUGUGUGUGUGUGUAUAUGUGUGUGCAUUGCCUGGUGUUAUGUAACAUACUUAUCCCUGUGUAAAAUAAACAAAAAAAAUUGAAAAUAAAAAUAAACAAGACAAAAUUUGUCUCAAAAUUUUUAUUGUAUGGUUUUGAAAAAUGC